CUCUUUCCUCUAGCUCAAGUAUUUUUUCAUGGAAGUAGAGAAAGAAAGUUGUGAAAAGGUUAAUAGAUUCUAUUUAUGGUUGUCUUGUUUCAUCACCAUCAUGAACAAGCUCCAUACAAUGGUGAUCAUGUUGUUCAAGAAGGUGAAAAAGAUCGGCGAAGACGAUCCCCGGAGAAUUCUUCACUCCUUCAAAGUAGGCUUAACACUCACAUUGGUCUGCAUCUUCUACUAUGUUACUCCUCUCUUUGAUGGCUUUGGUUCAUCAGCUAUGUGGGCUGUUCUCACUGUGGCUGUUGUCAUGGAAUUCACAGUUGGUGGUACGUUGUGCAAGGGUGUAAACAGAACUUUUGCAACAUUACUCGCCGGAGCACUAGGGCUAGGAACUCAUCAUAUAGCAAUACUUUGCGGUGAAAAAGGCGAACCAAUUCUCAUCGGUAUCUUCGUCUUCUUUUUCUCAUCGGCGGCAACCUUUUCUAGGUUUAUACCAGAGGUGAAGAAGAGAUAUGACUAUGGAGUGACAAUAUUCAUACUCACAUUCAGCCUUGUGGCAGUCUCAAGCUAUAGAGUGGAAGAUAUCAUAGAAUUCUCUCACCAAAGGCUUUCCACUAUUGCACUUGGAGUUGCUCUUUGUAUUAGUAUUUCUAUUUUUAUUUUCCCUGUUUGGGCAGGAGGUGAUCUUCAUCACUUAACUUCCACAAACUUAGACAAGCUUGCAAACUUCUUACAUGGGAUGAGGGACAAGUACUUUGGGGAAGACUUGGUGGAUAGGUCCUAUUUCCAGAGUUACAAGAGUGUUCUCAAUUCUAAGGCUACAGAAGAGGUUCUGGUUAAUUUGGCAAAAUGGGAACCGGGACAUAGCGGAUUCGGGUUUUGGCACCCGUGGAAACAGUACCUUGUUAUCGGAGCUUCGAUAAGACACUGCGCAUGUUUAAUGGAUUCCUUGGCGACCUUCAUAACAACGCUUGAUAAAUCCGCACCUCUUAUCGGAUCCAACCCGAGACCCAAACCCGACUCGGAGGAACUCUAUGGUAAGAUCCGAUCCGCUUGCGCUGACAUGAGCUCAGAAACCGCUAAGGCGUUAUCGGAUCUGGCUAAUGAUAUUAAAGCAAGGUCGGCUCCAGCCACGGCUCGGCUCCAUGUGGCUGCGGCUGAAGAAGCCGCCGAAAGGAUGAAGAUGGCUUUAUCUAACGGCGCAGAAGGUGGAAUCGUACACGUGGCGACCAUCGGGUCAUUGGUUGGGGAGAUCACAAAGAGUGCCAAAGAGAUUGUUGGAUCCGUUGAAGAAUUGGCUCAGCUUGCUGGCUUUAAGAGCCAUGAAGCUGUUAACAGAACCAUGGUGAAGCCGUUAGCCGAUGGGGAGAGCCAACACACAACCAUCACUGUGAAUGAAUGAAUAAUAAUAAUUAUUAUUAUA